UUCAGGUUUUAUCGUUCGGUGAGAUGUCUGGCCGUGGAAAAGGCGGAAAGGGUUUGGGAAAAGGAGGCGCAAAGCGCCACCGGAAAGUCUUGCGAGAUAACAUCCAAGGCAUCACUAAGCCCGCUAUCCGCCGUUUGGCUCGUCGUGGCGGAGUGAAGCGUAUCUCCGGCUUGAUUUAUGAGGAGACUCGCGGGGUGCUAAAGGUCUUCCUUGAAAAUGUCAUCCGCGAUGCCGUGACUUACACCGAGCACGCCAAGAGAAAGACUGUGACUGCUAUGGAUGUGGUGUAUGCUUUGAAGCGCCAAGGCCGUACUCUGUACGGAUUUGGUGGCUAAAUUUUAUUUCAACUUAAAAUUU